UGCGCGAACAUGGCCGAAGUCGGCGAGGACAGUGGGGCCCGCGCCCUGCUGGCGCUGCGCUCGGCGCCCUGCAGCCCCGUGCUGUGCGCCGCCGCCGCCGCCGCCGCCGCCUUCCCCGCCGCGGCGCCCCCAGCGGCCCCUGCGCCCGGGCCCGCCGCCCCGUCGCCACCGCCGCCCGCCCAGCCCCCGCCGCCUCCGCCGCCGCCGCCGCCGCCGCUGCCGCCGGGCGCGAUCGCGGGGGGCCCGGGGGCCGCGGGCGCGGGGGGCGCGAUCGCGGGCGGCGCGGCGGGCGCGACGGACUCGGGCGCGGGGGCCGCGGCGGGCGAGGCCCUGGUGGCCGCGGCGGCCGCCUCGGUGCGCCGGAGCCCCGGGCCCGCGCUGGCGCGCCUCGAGGGCCGCGAGUUCGAGUUCCUCAUGCGGCAGCCCAGCGUCACUAUCGGCCGCAACUCGUCGCAGGGCUCCGUGGACCUGAGCAUGGGCCUGUCGAGCUUCAUCUCGCGGCGCCACCUGCAGCUCACCUUCCAGGAGCCGCACUUCUACCUGCGCUGCCUCGGAAAGAACGGCGUCUUCGUGGACGGGGCCUUCCAGCGGCGCGGCGCGCCCGCCCUUCAGCUGCCCAAACAGUGCACUCUUCGAUUCCCCAGCACGGCCAUCAAGAUCCAGUUCACGUCGCUGUACCGUCAGGAGGAGGCCCCGGCGUCUCCCCUCCGGCCCCUCUACCCACAGAUCUCCCCCCUGAAGAUUCACAUUCCGGAGCCGGAUCUCCGCAGCCUAGUCAGCCCCGUCCCCUCCCCGACCGGCACCAUCAGUGUUCCCAACUCCUGCCCGGCCAGUCCACGUGGAGCGGGCUCAUCCGGCUACCGCUUCGUCCAGAACGUAACCUCGGACCUGCAGCUGGCCGCAGAGUUCGCCGCGAAGGCCGCCUCAGAGCAGCAGGCGGACACGUCCGGAGGGGACAGCCCCAAGGACGAGUCGAAGCCGCCGUACUCCUACGCGCAGCUGAUCGUGCAGGCCAUCUCGUCCGCGCAGGACAGGCAGCUAACACUAAGCGGCAUCUACGCCCACAUCACCAAGCAUUACCCUUACUACCGGACGGCUGACAAAGGCUGGCAGAAUUCAAUCCGGCACAACCUCUCUUUGAACCGCUACUUUAUUAAAGUCCCUCGUUCCCAGGAGGAGCCUGGGAAGGGGUCUUUUUGGCGAAUAGACCCUGCCUCAGAAGCGAAGCUCGUGGAACAGGCAUUCCGGAAACGGAGGCAGAGGGGCGUCUCCUGCUUCCGCACCCCCUUUGGGCCACUGUCGUCCAGGAGCGCUCCGGCCUCGCCCACCCACCCUGGGCUUGUAUCCCCUCGCUCCAGUGGCCUGCAGACCCCAGAGUGCCUGUCUCGAGAGGGCUCGCCCAUUCCACAUGACCCCGACUUUGGGUCGAAGUUGGCGUCUGUUCCGGAGUAUCGGUAUUCCCAGAGCGCACCCGGCUCUCCCGUCAGUGCCCAGCCGGUGAUCAUGGCCGUGCCUCCCCGACCGCCCAGCCUGGUGGCCAAGCCCGUCGCCUACAUGCCGGCGUCCAUAGUGACGGCGCAGCCGCCCUCCGGCCACGCCAUCCACGUGGUGCAGCAGGCCCCCCCCGUCACCAUGCUCAGGGUGGUCACCACGUCCGCCAGCUCUGCCAAUGGGUACAUCCUCGCCAGCCAGGCCUCGGCAGGAGGCGCCCACGAAGCGGCGGGCACGGCCGUGCUGGACCUGGGCAGCGAGGCCAGAGGCCUGGAAGAGAAGCCCACCAUCGCAUUCGCCACCAUCCCCGCCGCAAGCCGCGUCAUCCAGACAGUAGCCAGUCAGAUGGCCCCAGGGGUCCCUGGCCACACAGUCACCAUCCUGCAGCCGGCCGCUCCGGUGACCAUCGGGCAGCACCACCUUCCAGUCCGGGCCGUCACUCAGAAUGGGAAGCACGCGGUCCCCACCAACAGCUUGGCUGGCAGCACUUACGCCCUCACCAGCCCCCUGCAGCUGCUGGCGGCCCAGGCAAGCUCAUCCACGCCAGUGGUGGUCACACGGGUUUGCGAGGUGGGGCCCGAGGAGCCCGCAGCCGCCUCCACGACCGCCCCCGCCCCAGCCACAGCGGCCUCCACCGCCUCCGCAGCCUCUUCCACUGGGGAGCCUGAGGUCAAAAGGUCGCGUGUAGAGGAGCCCAGUGGGACUGUGACGACGCAGGCCGGGGUGAUCGCGGCUGCUGGCCCGCAGGGGCCUGGCACCGGGGAGUGAGACACCCAUGUGCGGCCGAGUGGGACGCUUGCCAAAAGGGAUUCUGGAGCCGGGCCCGACCGCCGACCGCCUGCCGCCUGCAGACCACGACGCAAAGGCCCCACACUGACCUGCGCACGUGCCAAACGGACAGGGUGGCCUCAGCCUCCCCUGCAACCCGGACACGCUGGUCCUCCCCGUUCUGUCUCCUGUCCCUGCUGUGGUUUAAAACAAAACACAUAAAUGAGUUGAGACAGCUGAUUGUACGA